GCAUAUACACAUUGAUUCCGCAGCGCAAUCGGGCCAUUCAAAAACACUCGAUUUGAAGAAAUCAUAACAUUCUUAACAGCUCAAAUGAUGGCAAUAUGCUACAUUUAGAGAAGGAUAAAGGAUUUCGUGACUUUUCGAGAACAAAUGCACGCAAGCUGGCUGUGAGGAAAGAGCAUUAGCGAAUUAUCACGAAAACCCAAUUUUCGCACCUCGUGUUUGUUAACUGUUUUUUAAUUAGGAACAAGUAAAUAUGGAAACUCCCCGUUGAGUUUUUCAGCUAUUCUUGGCGUAUUUAAAGCUUUUGAUCUCAAUGACGUACUUACAAUAACUUCUUUGUUGUAUAAAAACAACGCGAAGCUCUUAAGAAAGUAAUAGAGAGCUUAUCUAAUUCAUAACAGUACAAACUCGUAGCUGAAUGAAAUAUUUGAUCAGCGACCUCCCAGAUUUCACUGCAUGAUCUGACACAUUCAAUCAGCCACACACGGUAAGAUUUUUUAUCUCAGCUCUUUCAACGAGAGACGGCUGUGUUACCUGAGGGCUCUACAAAUGCGGUCCCUCUGUAACUUUAUGACUAAUCUUUUUUCAGCUGGUCAAAUGGCACUGGCAACUUUUCAUCCGUAUUACGUCGGGGUCUCUUCUAGACUCGGACAGACAUAUCCCCAAGAAGAUUUAUGGUCAUCGAAAGACGCUCAGAUAUUUUCAGAUUACCCUGAAGAGCAUGCAGUAAAAAUUCUUGCGCUCGAUAAGUGGUUUAAUUUGUUUCCAAUUAACAGCUUCUUGAGGUCGUCCGAGGAUCUCUCCCUGCAUCUUUUACCCUGAAAGGAUUCCUCUCAGCACGCUGCGUAAGAUUUCAGUAGCCUUUCAACGCGCCAUGUCAUAUUCAGAGGCCUCGAGAAACGAAAUCCACACUGAAGUUCUUAUCCUGAUUUUAUCUUUUGAAUCUCUCGGUUCUUUUGUGACAUCUGAGGAGUCGUUCCUAUCCAAACUCUUAAACAAACGUCAUUUUUUCUAAGACUGCACAGGUCCCCAAUGUUUGGUCGUAGCAGGCUUUGCUAACAAACGGCGGGCAUACCAGCAGCGCUGUUUCGCUUGGUCUCCGUUAUUUUCAGGAAAGGGAAGCGGCGAGGAAAGGAAAGGAAAGGCGUUUUUCAAUUGCUAACGCCGAGACGAAAUCUCAGACGAAAGGCGAUUUAUUUCAAUAACCUUGCCGGUUUUGCGUUUAGGAAGGAGUAUUUAAGCACUCGGUGUAGGUGGCAAAUUACGUACACGAGACAUUGUUGUCAUACUCUGCUUUAAGACGUAAGCUAGUUGGUAAAGUCACGGCUUCCCCGACGGAAACCAGAGCGAAUUAAUAAAAGUAGUGCUGUUGAAAGCAGUUUAGAAACAGCCUCUGACACUCAGUCAGGGCGGGGCAGGUUGAGACGUGGAUGCGUAGUUAAUUGGGGGUGCACCUUUAGUUAUAAAUACUCAAGUGAUCGAACUCAGUCGGAUGAAACAACAGGCUCUCAACGAGCGCACUGCACGACCGAGUUGAUUUUUUAAAAUAAUUGAUUUCCUCUACAAGCCGUGUCAUUCGGGUUUUUACCUCACCGCGAGCAGAAUAUUACCGCGUCUCAAGUUUGUUAUUUGCGUGGACUGAACUGGCCCGUGACGGCAACAACAGCAUGAACAUUCUGUUUCGUAUCGCAGCAGUAUUGUUACUUCUAAGCAUACUCGCAGAGAAGCUUCACGGAAUACGCUGGUUAGCCAUAAAAAUACCGUCAGAUGUUGAAUGGCAGAAAACGAAUUGCAGCAAAGUACACGGCUUCAUUGGCGAGCAGUAUAAAAUUUGUCGAAGAAGCUUGCCCAUCAUGAGAUAUGUCUCCGAGGCUGCGGAGAUGACUAAGACAGAGUGUAAAUCGCAGUUACAGAACAGAAGAUGGAAUUGCACAACCAUCUCACAGGCUCCUUCGUUUUACAACGAUCUCAAGAGAGGAACCAAAGAAUCUGCGUUUGUGUACGCGUUAUCUUCGGCCGCUGUAGUUUAUAGCGUGACUCAAGCCUGUAGUAUUGGACGAUUGAAGGAACAUUGUGGCUGCGGGAGAACGCCGAAGACGAAACUAGAAAAUAAAGACUGGAUUUGGGGCGGGUGCAGUGACAAUAUCGCGUACGGAGUGCGAUUUAGCAAGAAGUUUACGGACGCCGUGGAGAAGAAACGAAUGGAAGGGCAAGAACCCUCAGCGACCAGCCGAGCGUUGAUGAACAUACAAAAUAACGAAGCGGGAAGAACGGCUGUGAGAGAUAAAUUGGCUAUUAUCUGUAGAUGCCAUGGAGUGUCUGGCUCGUGCCAGAAGAAAACAUGCUUCAGGCGGCUGAGUGAGUUCAAAGAUGUUGCCACGCUCCUCAAGAAAAAGUACGAUAACAUUAUUAAUGUCGUUAGCAGGACCAGAGGCCGCCAGAAUCAUUACCUAAGAGCGAAGAGGGGGAAAAAAUACAACAGCCGAGAUCUUAUUGCUUUGCACCCAUCUCCUAAUUACUGCCUCGCGUCCCGAGCCCGGGGGACUUAUGGAACGGUCGGAAGAGAAUGCAAUCCCGCUACCACUGGGAAGGGAAGCUGCGCGUACAUGUGUUGUGGGCGUGGUCAUCGCACGUUUAAACGGGUGAUUGAGGAGCGCUGUGAAUGCGAGUACGUAUGGUGCUGCUAUGUAAGGUGCAAUAAGUGCAAGAGAACUAUUGUUGUCAGCACGUGUAAAUGAGAAGACACUGAACAACUCAAGAGCUUAACCCUGUAAAAAAAAAAGUGCAACAAUUUAAAAUUAUGGAGUUUUUCAUAGAUCCCGAAAAUAUUUUAGAGGGAUUUAGAUUUAGAAUUCCACAAGCAAUACAAGUGUAAAAAGAGUAGCCUAGAUGAAUUAUAGAGAAUUUCUUUGGUUCACGGAGAUUUUAUGGCACACGAGACCAUAUCUGUUAGCGAGUGUCUCAUCUUCUAAAUAUGCAGGUGAAGAAUGAUUUCUUCACUGAGAGAACAGCAGCUUUGUCUCACAAGCUGCAUUACCCGGAAGAAGGUCCACAGGCCCACCAUCCACGAUCCACCGGUAUUUUGAACUCGAACCACAGGGAUCCGUAGCGUCCGGGGUUUUUUUGUAAGCUGCAUCACGAGUGAUAAUACACCUUAAGGAAAAUAAUUUAACCAAAGAUUGUAAAUGAAGAGUAAAUACACAGAUAUACUUCGCAGAUCGUGCUUCAUGUAGAUGAUAAGCGAUGGGUCCUAACCCAAAACGUGGGCUUCUUUGUUACUACGUAACAUGCAUAGUUUUCCGCUCUUUUUAAAGUCGAUUCUUUACCUUUUAAUUACGAUUAGUUAGUGGCGUAUUCUGGCCUUGCCAGUGAUCCAACAGAGCUGCAGGUAGAGAGGUUAAAUAAGCAUUAUGAGUGAAUGUUAUCCUUUAUUAUCAUAAGGCAAUAAGGUAAAUGCGAGCGUCCUAAUUGGCUCUUACUCGGUCGGUAUGUUGACAUACGCACCGGAAACGGUGCGUAUGGCACGUAUGGUGCGUAGGACGGUUUUGUUCGCGAAAGCCGGCAAAUUCAAAGACUACAUGUUUGGUCCGAGGCCAUUUAAAAAAAUGAAUAAUAAUUACCUAUCUCGCUUCCUCGAGCCCUACUUGUAAAUAUUGGCCCUCUGUCGUUUUUUUAUGGACCUUUCAUCGUUCGGUCCUUACUGUCACGACUUCGGGCCAAUAUUCCCCAGUAUGGCCCUCACGCUCCGUUGGUAGUAAGUUACUAAAGCUCUCGUCAUUAUUUGUCCUUCGAAUUCGCAAUUCAUUAAAAACAAAUGAUUCUCUGAUUAAACAAUGAAUCAUCUAGAAACAAGUUUGGUUCCAUCAGGGAAAAGAAACAUGAAGAUUUCAUUUUUACAACCAAUAACUGGCACCGAAGUGUGAUCAUUCGAAGUUCAAACAAUAAAUAUCAUGAAGAGAGUAAUAUUUCAGCUGCCACACAUUGAAUAAGGAUGUAAUGGACUGGAUUAUCAUUUCUGGACUGUUCACUCUCGGUGUGAUUCAGUCAGUUUCAUUCUUCUAUUAGCAUUGUAGUGGCUCUUACUUGAAUUUGCUUUAGUGUGAUUGGUCAGGAAAAACUUGUGUCAUUGACUUGACCAAUCAACUGCUAAAUCAGAACCAAUCACAACCUGGUCACGUGGGUUUUCCCGCCGUGAUGUACAUAGGCUUCCAAAUUUCAUUGGUUAGUUUUGUGCCUUGCUUUUUCAGUGAUUGGUUCCGAUUUGUGGAGUUCUUUUGAACACCUAACUACGAGCUCCGUGUUUGAAAUAGCAAAGAGUAAUUGUUAGCAAUGUACGAUGAUAUUAGUGAGAGACAAGUCUUGUUAGUAUUAGCUCACUCAAUUUUAUUAAACUUAUUUAUUGAAAACCAGCUAUUUACUGUACACGCUUAUGAUAGGCACAGGGUUACUUACUAGUAAUAAAGAUGAUAAAUAGUUUCUUCUGAA